AUUUUCUCCCCUUUGUAUGUGAUGGAUGUUCAGGUGUCUUUUGUCUUCAGCACAGGAGCCGGGAUGCUCAUGGGUGUUCUGAGGUAAAUAUAAGAAACAAUUCUAUGAAACCCGAUCAGCACAGAUCUUACCCAUGCUCAUACAAGGACUGCAAUGGAAGGGAGCUUUUGCCAGUUUUGUGUCCCUACUGCGGAAAACAUUUUUGUCUAAGACACCGGCAUCAAUCAGACCAUGAAUGUGAGAAACUGGACACGCCAAAACCUCAAAUGGCUGCCACCCAGCAGCUAGUUAAAGAUAUUAUAGAUUCUAAAAAAAGUGAGGACGCAAAAAGCAAAAGACGUAAAGGAGCGAAAAACAAUGAGACAGCAGCAAAAGUGGCAUUAAUGAAAAUGAAAAUGCAUGCGUGUGGGGACAAGUCCUUGCCUCAG